UACUCACUCAGAUCGUAAAUACGUGAAGAAAGUUGAUAAUUGACGGAUUUAUUUUAUAAUUAUUUGUUUUAUUAAAUAUUUGUUUAAUUAAAUAUUUGUAUCAAAAAUUUAUUAAGUAAAAUUAAUAUUUAUUUAUAUUGUCAAAUUAUGGCUAUGGAUACUCUGAGCAAGUUAGCUCUGGCUCAAAUUACUUCCAAUAAUAAUAAAAACAACAACGGAAUGAACAUGAAGAAAUCUCUAGAGCCGAAAGUUUUGGAUGAAGAAUCUUACACUGCCAAUAUAGAAAAAAUUAUCGAGCGUGAUUUCUUUCCUGAUCUGAAAAAAAUGAAAGCACAGUUGCAAUAUAUGGAUGCUGUUGAGAGGAAAGACGUGCAGAAGAUGUGGGAGCUCCAGCAGAAGUACUCGAUGAAGAGGGCUACCAACACACCAUCCACAUAUGGGACACCGUCAACAUUUGAAACCCCCGAAGCAAGCAUUCUGCAGACUCCAGGAGGCACUGACAGCAGGAAGAAGACAGACACAACAGCAGCAGCAGCCUCACAAAUGGCAACCUCGCAGAAUGCUGAGAAGAAGCUUGAAGCUCCAACUCACAAUCCUGACCCUGAGGAGGCCAGAGACCAGGAGUUAUCGAAGCUAUCACUAAACAGUUACAUGAGGAAGUACACGAGUGAAGAUGACAAGGCAUUCAGUGAGAUCAUGUCUGAAGCUCAGAAGAGACAUCAAAUGAAACAUGCCUGGCUCUAUAAGAAGGAACAACUUCAGAUAGAAGACAACAAAGAUAGGAAGCAGGUUGACACAUGGAAUUAUGUGGCGAAAAAUGCUGUCAUGUAUGUUCCUGAAGGUGUGGAGCUUUCAGCAUCGGAGAAGUUGGAGAUGAGUAAAUUGCAAAAACAAGAAAUCCUCCACUCCAACACUCGAUUUGCCACUCAACCUUUUUCACAAGUGCAACCCGACAGUAUGAAUAGGAACAAUGUAAUAUCAAAUCAAAUUUUGAAGUUAGAAGGCAAGGUAGGACCUGAUGGUAAGGAGUUAUUGCCCACAGAAACUCCAACCAUCAAUGGGUACAAGAUCAUGCCCACUCCCUCUCCAGCUCCUGGCGUUGAUGCCUCCCCUUUUAUGACAUGGGGUGAGAUUGAAGGCACACCUUUCAGGUUGGAUGGAAUGGAAACACCAAGAUUUGGCAGUGGUUCAGGACCCAAUUUUAAAAUUCCUGAGGUACCCAAACGAGAUAGACUGUUGCACCAGUUAGCUGACAAAGCCAGUAAAGCACACAGAGCAAAGAAAAUGGAAGCCCUGAAACAAGCUGCUGCCACGUUCUCCAGCUCGCCACGAUCAUUCAUGUCAAGGACGGAACGACUGCAGUCCUUAUCACCAGCAGCUCAACGGCUGGUCAGCAGCAAGUUACGUAUCAAUUCAAAUUCUUCAUUGAAGGCUUCAUACACUCCGAGUCCUUGCAACACACCAGGUUCUGAAAAACUAACACCAAAGAUGACACCUAAAUCUUCUGAUCCUUCGCCGAAAAGAAAAUCCGCCAAAAGCAACGAAAACAAAUGGAACGACGAUAGUUUUUUAACUGACAACCUUCUAAAGUUGCCUGCAAAAAAACAAAAAGCACAAGAUUUUUUUUAGUUGAACAUUUUUGGCUGUACAGAUCAAUAACUUUUUAAUGAAAAAAACCUGUUUGUAUAUAAUGAAACAACGUUAUAUAUAGUAUCAUGUAAUCAAAUUAGUCUAUGAAGAUAAUAAAUCUUGAUCAAUUAAUUCCAAUAAAGUUAUUUCUAUGUCAUGAAUAUAACAAUAAAUCAUUAUCACAUUUCAA